CGCAUAGUAGCGCCAACUGUAUGCGGAUAAACAUUGGGUCGCACAAUGUCCAAAAGGAGUCCAGUUAUGUUCUUUUCCCUUUGUUUAUGGAUUAUAGUACUUUCGAACCCGGUGAAGGUCGGUGCGAGGAAACACGACGAGUCCUUCUUCACCACUAGCAUUUACCGAGCAAGAUGCGCUUCGAGAUGUCUAAGUCUUCACAUCACCCGCAUAUCGGCGUUCUUCAAGCAUUUUCAGAGUAAUGGAUCCUUGGCAUGGUGUCAAAAUCACAAACAGUGCUCAAAGUGCCUUGAGCCCUGCAAAGAGUCCUGGGACCUGAAGGAGAACCAGUGCCAGGACUUAUGUGAGCCGCUUUUCCCCAAGAAGCACUACGAGUGUCUGACGAGCUGUGAGUUUCUGAAGUCGGUGGAGUCGGCCAAGCAGGGCGACUGCCCGGCCCCCGAGAAGGCCACUGGCUUCGCCGCUGCCUGCGUGGAGAGCUGUGAGGAGGACAGCGAGUGCUCCACUGUCAAGAGGUGCUGCUCCAACGGCUGUGGACACACCUGUCAGCUGCCCAAGAACCUCUACAAAGGAGUGCCCCUCAAACCCAGGAAGGAGUUGGUGUUCUCGGAGCUCCCCGCGGGCCAACUGAACAUCCACUGGUCCUCCAAAUUUAACAUCUCUGUGGAACCUGUCCUCUACGUGGUCCAGAGGAGAUGGAAUUAUGGGAUUCACCCCAGUGAAGAUGACGCCACGGAAUGGGAGACUGUUGCACAGACUACAGAGGAGCGUGUCCAACUGGCCGACAUCAGGGCCAGCAGAUGGUACCAGUUCCGAGUGGCCGCCGUCAACGUCCAUGGCACCCGCGGCUUCACCGCCCCCAGCAAGCAUUUCCGCUCCUCCAGAGACCCCUCUGCUCCACCCAGCCCGUCCAGCCUGAAGGUCACCAACGUGACAGUCGGCGCUGACGGCUCGGUGACGGCUUGUCUCAACUGGACUCUUCCCGAGGAGCCAGAUAUCCCUGUGCACCACUUCAAAGUCUACUGGAGCUGGACUGUUGCUGGCAAGUCUGUGGUGCCGUCCAAGAAGAAGAGGAGAAAGACCACCAACGGGGCCAGAACCUCUGUGGAGCUCGAGGGUCUGCAGGCCAACAGCAGCUAUACAGUGGAGCUCCAGGCCGUGACGUACUGGGGACAGGUGCGCCUCAAGAGUCCCAAAGCCUCCCUUCACUUCAGCACAGCGCUCUACGAUGACUCAACAGAGUCGCUGUCCAAGACAAAGAAAGAAGAUGGUCCUGCUGUCAGCUCGGUACCAAGCAAACGCCCAGCAGGCGCUCUGGAGGUGGGAACGCCCUUCUACCAGGAUGGCCAGCUACAAGUCCGCAUUUACUGGAAGAAGAGAGGAGACCCACUUGUGAGUCGCUACCAUGUACAAUGGGCACCUGAGUUCUGCAGCUACAAUGAAACCAAGGGACCAGAGAAGUCUGUCACCCAGGAGAACUACAUCAACCUCCCUAGCUUGCUGUUCUCCUGCAAGUACAAAGUUACUGUCCACAUGAUGAAGUCAAAGAGACGUUCCAAGGAUGAGAGCGUUACGUUCCUCACCCCAUCUUGUGCUACAAUCAGGAGCAAGAGCCUCAAGCCCAUCCACUGCCCUGGAGAACCAGUUUCAGGGCAUCCCAAAGUUCUGGCCAAACCAGAGAACCUGACCGCAGCCUUCUCUAUCCACGAGGGGAACAUCACAGGGAACUUCUUCUGGAGAGUGUCUCGACCGCAGCCACACCAGCGUAUCACGGGCUUCCAGGUCACGUGGGCCGAGGUGACCACAGAGAGCCGGCAGAACAGCCUUCCCAACAGCAUCAUCUCGCAGUCCCAGAUCCUCCCCCCGGAUCAUAAUCUGUUGGUAGUGGCUAACCUCAGGCCAGCGACAUACUACCGGUUGGAGGUGCAGGUAAUAACAUCAGAAGGGGAGGGCCCCGCUACAAUGAAGACUUUUCAGACGCCCAGUGUGUCUCCAGUCCUUCAGCAUCGGCCUCGGCUCAGGCAGCACCACCAACACCACCAGAAACCAGCGGCAGAGAAACACUGAGGAGCGGCUGACCAGACCCACUCCGCCAAACCAGCUCCGGCACCCUCAGCCUCUCAUCCACAGGCCGACUGCAGCACACCGACCGCCCCAACCAACCAUCAGGGGAGAGGCCAUGAGUCCCCACCCCACACCCCACAGCCAUGGCCUGGGAGUCUGCCUGCACCACGGCCGAUGCCUCUCAUUCAGUGGAGUAGCUCAGAGCUUUCAGGAAAAACAACACACACAUGGGAGGAAGAUUUCAUUUAGUUCCUUCUUCCCCUGGCCUCCCUCUUGUGCUCAUGUGCUGUGCGAUUCUGUCAUCUUCAUGGACAGCACAGACAAAUGUGCUCUGCGAUCCCUCCGGUUGUUCAUCAUCAAAAUGAUUAUACGCUUUUCUGUUUCUUUUGCCACAAAACUCAUGAGUAUAUCAGGGGAAAUAUCCAUACUUUUUCACAUAAACUUUGCAUAAAUUUGACAUCAAAGACACUUGAGAGCAAUGGAAUGAGUACCAUGUGAGUGUUGAAUAGAAUCAAGCUUUGAAGCAGUGAAAGACAGACUCCACCUAUUUAUUUUGUGGUACAGCACCAAGUCUGCCGCCUAGGCACACAGAAUAUAUGAGUCAUGUAGCUAAAGAGCUGUGUAGUGGACCUGAGGAUAUCACAUUUAAAAAAAAACUGUGUAGUUGACCUGAGGAUAAUACAUUUAGGUUGAUGUUGCAUGUAGAAGUCCAUCUCAUUUUAAGCUGUAAAUGUGUAACUAGCUUCAAACUGAAUGCUCAUAUUGGUUUUGCAUGUGAGACCUUCUUGUUCAGUAGGCAUGAGAAUACAUCUGUGUCACCUCAUAUGAAUAUGUUAGCAAUAUUCCAUUAACAGAUUAACAGAUAAUUAUUUGGGAAGUAAUAUGUAUUGUAUUAUUAAUGAAAUUAUAACUUUUUGUGUGGACAUGAUGAAACUGUAUAUGUUCUUGGCUGUAGAAAUAUUUGUUGUGAAACAGUCAGUGAAUGUCUAUAUUUAUUUAUGUGUGUGUAUUGAAAAGUUUUGAUUUGUGUGUAUGUGUGUGUUUCUGUGCUCUUGUCUAGACCUUUUCUGAACCAAUAACUCUGUAAAGACAUUUUGUAAAAAAUCAAAUUGUAAAUAUAGUCUUAUGUUACGUUAUUUUUCCAUGGUAGACCCUGUACAUACUGUUAAGUAAUAAAAUAAUCCUCAAACUCCA